GCAGAUUGGCACGCAGAUUGGCACGCAGAUAGGCCCUCAGAUAGGGCCCUAUUCUCAAGGCACACAGGCCUAUUGGGCGUCAAAUCAGGCAGGUUUUUAUGCCUCCUGAAGGGUCAACCACGAACUAGUUUACUAGGAAAACGCUAAUAAACUAGCUCCUUGGCUCCCAGGAACUUUGGAAAGAUUACAUCUAUAAUACUGAAAUAAACAGGUCAGGAAUGUGACGCUGUAUUUAUGAAAUCUAUUUUCACAACACUGGCUAUGGGACUCACAAUGAAUCGGCGCCUAUGUAUAGCGACAAGAACAUCACUAACUAUAAUGCAUUGUCAUGGUCGUAUCAGGUCUGCAAAGAGUGGGGUUAUAUUCAAGACGGAUCCAAUGUUCCCGACGACCGACUUCCUCUCAUCUCUCGUCUGCUGACCAUCAGCUAUCUGACGCAAGUAUGCCGAUAUGCCUUUAACAUUACCACGCCGCCGAAUGUCAACGCGGUCAAUAAAUACGGCGGUUUUAACAUCUCGUACCCGAGACUGGCGACUAUCGGAGGUCAGGCCGACCCCUGGCGGCCCGCUACAGCAUUAGCGACAUUGUCUGAGCCUGAUGUUCUUAACCAAACGAGUACGCCAAGCGAGCCUGUCAUUUUGAUUCAAGGAGCAGUGCAUCACUGGGAUGAAAACGGCUUGUUUCCAAAUGAGACCACACCAAACCUGCCCCCAGCUCCAGUCGCCAACGCACAAAGGCAAAUCGUAGAAGCGGCCCAAGGUUGGAUGGUAGAGUGGAAGGCAGCCCGCCUCUAAGUACUCGGUACUCCGCAGGAUCUGCACGCUGGUCACUUUAGGCGUCGGUGGAUGAGAGUGGGUGGGGAGUGCGAGAUGUCAGAGUCCCAAAGCCUGGUCCGUGGUAGGGUUUGCUCUCCUCUCUGGCGAGAUGAAAGGGAAGUGUAAACUCAAGUCAAUUGCAAGGAGUUGGAGCUUUUCACAAAUACCUGGAGAGUUUUCAGUACAGAGGCGGCUUUUGUA